AUGAAUAAUAAUUCAUCUUCGCAAUCUUCUGCGCACGCUUACACAACUCCAGACCGUAAAAUAUGUCCAAAUGUUCUGAGCCACUUAAUCACAACGGCCGACGAUGUAAUCCAUUCUUCUAAUGUUAUGGAUGUUCACCUUAUCUCUCUAUCACCACCAAACAUGAGUCCAAAUGCUAGUCCAUGUCCAAGUCCUAUACUGCGUCCUGUUUCAAGCCCUUUAACACCUAUAACUCCACUUGUAUUAACUGACAGUCACUAUGAAAAAGAAUUAUUAAAUAACACUUAUAAUAAUCAUGAAUAUCUUUAUCACAAUCAACAAAUUCAAAGAAUACCCAGUCAAUAUGGCUACCACAACCAGUACGGAUAUGGAUAUCAACCAUCCGCGUCAUUUGUUCAAAAUAUUCCUUCACCAUUAUCCUCAGGCGCAUCGACUCCAACACGUUCAAAACCGUAUGAUAUCAUUAUGUCGUAUUCACAUAAUCCACCUAAUCCUGACUUCUCACAUUUAAUUACUCUGAAUACUUGUAAUUAUGAUUCAUUACCUAUUUUCAAUACAUCGACUCAAUUAAAUCUUACACCAACAAAACUUGUUUUGGCAACGGCGAGAUCAACCCUAUCGGCAAUGAUAUGCAAGUAA